CUCCUCACACCUCCUCCUCUCCCUCUCCACCUCUCCCUCCAGCUCCCCCACCUCCUCCCCCUCCCUCUCCACCUCCCUCUCCAACUCCUCACAACCUCCUCCUCUCCUCCCCAACAAUCUCUCCACCCCUCUAACCGCCUCUCUCCCUGCUGCCGCCUCACCCUCCGCUGCUGCUGCUACCCCUCAGCAGCAGCAGUCGCAGCUUCGGCUGCAGCCACUGCCUGUGCGUGCAACGCGUCUCUUGCCUGCUCUGCUGCCUCUAACCUCCCCUGCCACGCCCUCUCCAUCUCCUCGCCGUCUCUCACUUGCUCCUCCAGUGACUUUAGACUCGCCACAGCUGCUGCUGCAACGUCAGAGGCAACAACAGCAGGAGCUGUAUCCCUUCCUCCAGCUCCCCCUGUGCAAUCUGCAUCGCUUCUGCCCUCCCUUCCUCUCUCCCUUCCCUCCUCCCCUCCUCUUUUCCCUCCUUCCUCCCUUCCUCUCUCCCUUCCUUCCUCCCUUCCUCUCUCCCCUCAUUCCUCCCCUCCUCUCUCCCUCUUCCUCCCCGCAAUUCUCCCAUCCAAUCUCACAUCCUCCAUCCCUUCCCUCCACGCCUCCUCCCUGCCCUCUUUCCUCCCCUCCUCCCUCCCCUCCGCCCUCCCCUCGCCCGCCCUUUAGCAUAAGCCUCGUCAGCAGCAGCGCGGGCAGCAGCCUUCACCUGCUCCAUCUCCUCCCUCGCCUCCUCCAUUACCGCCGCCACAGCCUCUGCUAUCAUCCCUGCAGCGUCGCUCCCACCAUCACUCGCACCAUCACUUGCACCGUCAUUCCCACCAUCACCAUCACCAUCACCAUCACCAUCACCAUCACCAUCACCAUCACCAUCCCUUUCCACAUCCUCCUCCCCCUCCAUCCCUUUUCCAUCUCUCCUACCUUCACCGUCCUCCUCACUUUUCUCCACCUCUUUACCACCCCCAUCGUCACUCUCAGCAGCCAGCUUUUCCAGAGGCGUGGGCCUGCUGCUACUGGCACUGGCAGUGCCACGGCUGCUGCUGUUGAUGGCACCAGGAGGGGAGCAACUGUGCUGGUCAGACCAGGAAAGGCAAGCACAGGAGGACGCGGAGAAGAGGGGAGUGGGAGAGGCCGAGAAGAGGAACGAAGGGGGGAGUGGAGGCACUGUGGGAUGCAGCAGAAUGGAAGGCAGUGCCCGUCCCACCUGCACCACCAGUAG